AUGGAACACUCUCUUGGGAUGGAAAUCGAAUUGUCGGAUGAAGACCAAUUCAGCGCUGCCCUUGCUGCUCUUGCAUUGACGUUUGCGAGGGCAUGUGGCACGGAUAGCAGCAGCGACGAUAUUUUGAUGAUUAUAAGACACCAUUUCUCCAAAGACGCCCAGAAACUAUUCCUCAGUGAGGUGUAUAGGGCUUUACCUCUAAACGUUGACUUCACUAUUGAACAGGAUAAACUGAUGAACAACCCAUACAUCCAGAAAUGUUUUAGUAUGCAGGCUGCCCUGGGCUUCGAAGGUUCCUAUCAAACCCGUCCUAUCCAUGCUUCUGUACCAUGGUUUACUCUUCAGCUGAGGCAGAUCUCUAUUCUAUUGGCAUACUUUUUACACUUCAAUAAGAGUGGAAGUGAUCCUGAGUGUUAUGAACCUGACAUCUUGCGAAUGAUCCUUGGAAAUGUGAAAUGGGCACUUGACUUAGCUAAGUACCUAGUUGAUGACUUAUUUGAAACAACAUCAUCUUACAGUUUACAUGAAAGUGGAUGGUCGGGUGACGUUGAAUCAUUGUCGGUUCUCCUUGUUGUCUCCAGCAUACCUCGGUCGUUCCUAAAGUACAUUUGUCGGGGACUGCGGGGAAUUCUAAGUAGCUUUCGGAAUGCCCCAAACAUCAAUAACGAAUCAUUUGAGAUAUAUUCGGCAAUUAUGACUCUUAUCGAAGAGUCACCAUUAAGAGUUGAUGUCUACGAAAAACUAUUACUCAGCAUUGAUAACGUCAUAAAAUAUACCUAUCAAAGUGCUGGAUUUGGUGCCGCUGAUCGGGCGACCCCUGAACGAGACUUGCUUAUUACUGGUCAGGUUCCAGCUGUACUACAGCCCGCAGUUAAAACUAUCUUGAUCAGCACUUUAUCUCAGAUUCGACCAGAUCUAGAUCUACUGCGUUUGAGUACAUGGGAUUAUAGUUGGUUGGAGAUUGACAUUGAUAGAAUGACAAUGUCGUUCCGGCAAUAUAAUGAAAUUGAUAUUCUUACAAAGGUCAUAGUACAGUUACAGGACCCUCGAGAAAUACUCUUGAUACCAAAACGACAAUGUGUAAGAUGCUGUGCUUUUACGGAGGAGGUGAUGCCGCCAAAAUCAUUGGCCUUGUUUUGCUUGCUUGCAAAAACAAUUGUGCUGAGGACAUGCAUCUGUGGUGGAAUGUUUGCCCUAGAAAAUACCCAAAAGAUAAAUGACGCUCAUAGUGUCUAA